AUGCCUUCACAAGAAGAUGAAUCACAACCUCUCCUUCCUCCACCUUCUCCCUCCUCUUCCCCACACCCUACUCCCCUUUGGAAAUUCUGGCGUCGUAUCUCCUUCCCUCUUCCCCUCAAUAGGGUAUCUCUUUCUUCCGAUGAGGCCGAUCAGGAAGUCCGGAACAAGUACCAAAAUCGGACAGAUCGACUAGUCCGAAUUCUAUCAUACAUCCUCAUCCUCCUUGUCGGAUUAUGUAUAGGUGCCUUAUUACCUCGAAUACCAUGGAGAUCACGAGAUGUGAGAGAUGAACCUAUGGUACCUCCUAUAUAUAAUCUUCCUCCUCCCACUGGAUUACCACGCAAUCCCGCUUACCUGAUCAACGCUACUACGGCAGCUGUAGCUUCAGAAGACCUCACUUGUUCUCAACUUGGUGUCUCAAUCUUGAGAGAUAAAAACGGGACUGCUGUCGAUGCCGCUAUCACCACUACAUUAUGUAUUGGACUUCUCAACGGGUUUGCUUCUGGGAUAGGAGGUGGAGGUUUUCUUGUCCUGCGAGCUCCGGAGGGUACAUCGAGGGAUGUGGAAGUAUGGAAAGGAUUGGAAGAGGUAAAGGAGGGUGGAGUGGUAGCUGUGGAUUUUAGAGAAACCAGUCCGGAGAAAGUGGAGAGAGAAAUGUAUGGCAUUUCUAAAGCUGGAAGAGUUGCUGCUCAGGUCGGAGGAUUGGCAGUGGGUGUGCCUGGAGAAUUGAGAGGUUUAGAAGCUGCGCAUCAGCUAUAUGGAUCACUCUCUUGGGAAGAACUUGUCAUGCCAGUGGCUGAAAUAGCUGAAAAGGGUUGGCAAGUCAGUCGAGAACUAGCUCGACGUCUUCGUCUUUUCGGUCAAUUCAUGUUGGACAGUCCGACAUGGUCUGAAAUCUACGCUCCAAGAGGAUAUCUUCUCGUUGAAGGAGAAUUCAUACAGCGCAAAGCAUACGCCAGGACUUUGAAAAGGAUAGCUCAAGAAGGUCCUGGGGCGUUCUAUGAGGGAGAUAUCGCGAAGAGUAUAGUAAAGACUAUCGGGUCUCAUGGAGGCGUCAUGACUCUGCGGGAUCUUGCCGACUAUAAAGCCAGGUCAUCUCCUGCUAUCUCCCAAACAUGGCGAGGAAAACAAAUCUACACUACCGAUGCCCCCUCUUCCGGUGGCGUCAUGCUAGGUUUACUCAACAUACUCGAACCGUUCGAAUCUGAACAAUGUUGGGACGAACUUGCCGUACAUCGAUUAAUAGAAGCUCAACGAUUCGCAUUUGGUGCUAGAUCAGAAGUGACAGAUCCGACUUUCGCUCACAAUCUCACACGAUUGGCCGAGUUCAGAACUAAAGAAUGGGCCAACAUUGCACGUUCAAAACUUACGAAUCAAACUCACGAUAUGGAUUAUUACGGAUUACAACAUGGUACUCCGGUCGAUUACGGGACAACUCAUCUGAGUGUGGUGGAUCAAUGGGGUGGAGCAGCAUCUGUCACUUCUACUGUAAACCUCAUCUGGGGUAGUCACGUCAUGGACUCGGAAACAGGUAUAAUCUUCAACGACGAACAAGAUGAUUUUGCUAUUCCUGGUGCUCCUGAUGCUUUUGGACUUUGGCCCAGUCCAUGGAAUUAUCCCGCACCGGGAAAAAAACCACUAUCAUCCACAUCUCCAACUAUAAUCCUCCAAAAUUCUUCCCUAUGGGGAGUAUUCGGCGGUUCAGGAGGUUCACGUAUAUUCCCUUCGGUAGCUCAAGUUUUAUUAAACCUCGAAUGUGGGGAUGAUCUUUCGACUGCUAUCGAAAGACCUAGAUGGCAUAAUCAAGUAGUACCUUCUAUCACUACUUUAGAAGUUGGACCAGAAGGGGAAGAUCGAGAUCUUAUAAAAGCUUUGGAAAAGAGAGGACAUGAGAUAGGUUUGUAUGAUAUUAAUGUUGGAGCUUCGGAAGUACAGGGGAUCGUGGUGGUAAAUGGUACCGUCUUCGCCUCAAGCGAUUCAAGGAAGAACGGCAUCGCGGCGGGAUAUUAG